AUGGGAUACAAGGAGUAUCAGGGCGUGCUCCAGCUUAAGCAGCAAAAGAUCGUCUCGAGGAAACCAUUCAAAUCUUACAAUCGGUCUCUCAAAGGCUGCAUCAACUGCAAGCGCCGAAAGAUCAAAUGCGAUGAAACUAAGGAACAGUGCAUGAACUGCGUCCGGAGGAAACUCGAUUGCAAAUGGCCUGAGCCUGUAGAAAAACCUAUAAAAGUUGAAAAUGACGUUUUGGAGACCCCUGUAGAGCCGCUGGCGGUUCUUGAGUCUCCUCAGCAGCUAGUACGCUAUGGCUCACCAGAAACAUCAUUACCCAUACAAAUCGAUAGCAUAUUCCUAGUUCAAUUUGCCCAGCGGUUUCUUCCAACUUUAGCUCAGCCACACUUUAACCACAGAGUGCCUACCCAAAGCUUGGUUCAUGCUGUGUCCGAAAAACUGGAUCUUGUUCGGCAGAUGUCUAUAGCAUGUGGUGCAUCGUUGGUUGCAUUUGACGACCAGGCAUUUCGUCCUGUGGCACGAAGCAGGUACGUGACGGCGCUUUCGCUGUUUAUUAAGGCAAUGAGAAACGGGUUUUUGGGAAGUGAAGAGUGGCUCUUUUUGGCAGUCCAGGUCUUGCAAACACUCAGUCUACGAGAUCCCAUGGCUGGCUGCAAUGCUACACGAUGUGCGGUGCAUUUGAACGCUGCUUACGAGUUGUUCAUCAGUAGGAUCUUGCGAAGCGAUGCUUUGGCUACCUCACUUGAACGGGUUAUGAUUGAAAACUUUUUGUUUAAUUAUAGUUUGACGAUAAUGUUCUGUGACCAUACGAAGAUUGAAGAACUUAUACCGAGUCCUUUUGUGCUAUUCUUCGAUUUCCAUACCCGUUUCUUGACCCUUUGUGAGGAGGACGAGUACCCCCAGUUUAGUCGAUUAUCGAUUAUAGCGUUUCAAAUUGCCGCCAAAGCUACUUGGCUGUGUCGUUUGAGUCUUCCACUCUUGGAGUACGAGAAGCAUCUCCAUAUUGAACUCCUCCAGCUUGCAGAAACAUGUCUUUUCAUGCUGGAAACGCUCGAAGCGCCUGCUUCCGUUCAAAUCUUUGAUACUUUAACCGUAACAAAGGUUGUACUCCACACCCUGAUUAUUCUUCUCAAAAAGAUGAUUGAGCCUUGUAUUCGAGCCCUGGUUUUGCAGCCACUGAUAGACGCCCUUGUACGGCUAGUCAAAGGGUCCAACGACUAUGUGGUGAUUCCUAUCUGGUCUAGCUUUAUUGCAGCCAGUGCAUCUACAAAAAACGAAGAUAGGCAGCGUUUUAUUCAGACUUUGGAGAAGCUUAUGGCUCGUUCUGGGUCUCACCUUAUCAAUCGCGUAUACAACUAUUUGGAAGCGCUCUGGGAAAUCUACACUGGGGACGAACCGUUUGACCUACUUUUGGACACUACAGCAUUAAGCAAAAUCUGUGAUUGA